UGACAAAAGAAGAACAUUUUUCUUUAGAAAAGAGAGGGAGAGAAGUAUAACAGCACAACAAAACUCUACUUGCUGGCCAUUGGUAGAAAUUUCAGAGACAGGAAAUUUGAGACAGAACAGUCUUAAAAAGAAGGAAACAUUGAGGCAUGUUAGUAAGGUAUAGAACAUGGCUUAAAGGGAGAUUGUCCCAGAGACAGUGCUUUUGUGUCUCCCUUGAGUUUGUGUCGAUCUAAUUGGAUACAAUUAAAAAACCCAUGACAGAGAGAAAAGAGUAAGAAAUAAGAAGGUAAAAGUAACUCUUAAGAGGAAGAAUAAGUCAGGAAGAUAGAUCCUUAUAGGAACUAAAUGAACUAAGAUAAAAAAAUACUAAUCACGACAAUAUUUCACUCUUAGCCAUCAAUACUUACAGAAAGGAAUCAGUUUAAGAGAUUCACAACAAAGUUUGUUUAGAAAAUUGCCUACAUAUUAUCUGGUCAUAAAGAGGACUACCUCAUUGGACAAAGAAAAAUCUUGUAGAAGAAUUUAUCAACUUUGUCAGAGAAUCAUAUUCCAAAUAAUGUUAAAGGCAUGGAAAAGAUCAAUUAUAGGAAGUAAUCAAACCAAUGUUAUAGAAUUUAUUCUUAUGGGAUUUUCCAGUUACCCCAAGCUUCAGAUACCCCUUUUUGUCAUUUUCCUUCUUGUUUAUACAAUAACUCUGACUGGAAAUAUCCUCAUCAUACUUGUCACAACAGUAGACCCUGCGCUUCAUAGUCCCAUGUACUUCUUCCUCCGAAAUCUUUCUUCCAUAGAUAUUUGUUUCAAUUCAGUAAUUGUUCCAAAAAUACUAGCAGAUCUUAUUUUGCAGAAGAAAACCAUUUCCUAUAUGGGCUGCUUCACCCAGUUAUAUUUCUUUUUUUUCUUUGGUACAGUUGAAUGCUGCCUUCUUGCUGCAAUGGCAUAUGACCGCUAUGUUGCCAUUUGUAAUCCAUUACGCUAUCCAGAAAUUAUGAAUAGAAAAGUAUGUUUUCAACUAGCCCUGGUCUCAUGGCUUUUAGGCUUCCCUAACUCUACUGUCUCUGCCAUCUUUGUUUUUAGUGUGACAUUCUGUGGGCCUAAUACAAUUAAUCAUUUCUUUUGUGAUAGUCCUCCAGUGCUGGAGUUGGCUUGUGCUGAUACAUACAUGAUUCAAAUUGAGGCUCCCACAGCUACUAUGAUAUUCAUAGUAUUUCCUUUCCUCAUUAUAUUAUUCACAUACAUCUGCAUCAUUAUUACCAUCUUGAAAAUGCCCUCAGCAGAGGGGAGGCAGAAAGCCUUUUCAACAUGUUCAUCUCAUCUUCUGGUGGUAACCUUAUUUUAUGGCACAGCUUCAUCUACCUACUUCAACCCUAAGUCAAAGUACUCUCCAGACACAAAAAUGUUUCUUUCCCUCUCCUAUACAGUCAUCACACCCAUGUUAAACCCUAUUAUCUAUAGUUUAAGAAAUAAGGAGGUCAAAGCUGCAAUGAAGAGGACAUUACAUUGGAAAAUGUUUAGAACAAAAUAAAACUUGUUGAGCCAUUGUCUUAAAGCUAGAUAACAUUUUUAUCAACAAUGAAAAAUAAAAUAUAAGGAUACAUGAAAGGUUUAUUAUGCCUAAUUCUUCUCUUUAUUUUGUCAUCAUUUUUAAAAACAAAGAGUAACAUAUACAUUGCAUCAUUUUUGGAGUCAGCAGUGAAACCUGAAGCAGAGAUGUGGACCAUGUUUUCAUAUUGUUUCAAUUCUGUUCAGUUAAUAAUUUUCUUCUUGCUAAUUAAGAAUGGUUGUAUGGAUAUUUUACAAAUAUAACCAGAUUUCUUUUGUUUCCUUCUAAAUUUUCCAUCUUGACCCAAAUGAUUGCAAUAUUUGAAAUUUAUUGUAUUGUAUUUUAAUAAUAUUUGGAGAACUAAUUCUGUUCUAUUAUGUAUAAUAUAGUCUGUGUAUAUUAUCUUUUAUCUUUUUAAAUAACAUGGAAAAAUUUACUACCAGCAUAUCUAUAACCAUCUCACGAGAAUAGAGUUGAACCUAAAUAGCUGUUCAUACUGAGCCAUUGAAAUCAGUGGGAUUUAACUGUAUUAAUAAAUAUCUUUUCCAUGCCUCAAUUCAACUGUCUUUCAAAGUUGAAUCAAUCCCUGAAAUGCUUUGAUUCUAAUACAAUAAAAUAAAAUUACAUC